AUGGCUAGUCAGAGCAGCGAUGAGCUGUGUACAGCCAUGCUGGGCCCAUCGGCUGACGCAGAGCCAGCAACGUGGGUCCCCUCUCGUGCGUCCCCGCAUCCCAACGUGGAUUCACGGGAGAGUUCGGAGAAGCAGGGCGACCAAGCCGAGAGCCCAGAUCCCGGCUCCCAAGACAACCCGCCACCACAGGGCGCAGACUACGGUGUGGCCAACCAGAGUAUUCUUCAGCUCUCCCUCCCAAGAAAGCUCUGGACGAUGGCGGAGGAGCCCGCCUUCACCUCUGUGCGCUGGAAUGACAAGGGAGAUAUGGUGAUCGUCGAGGAAGACCUCUUCCAGAGGGAGGUUCUUCACCGCAGAGGCGCAGACAGGAUUUUCAACACAGACAGCUUGACGACUUUCAUCCGCCAAAUGAACCGGCAGGGAUUCAGCAAAAUACGCCUGAGCAGCCGCUCUCCAGGGAAGAAGAGGCUGAUGAUCUUCUGCAACUCCAACUUUCAGAGACACAAGCCUCUGCUCAUCGAGAACAUUCAGAGAAAAUGCAACCUGGGAGCAACUGAUCAGCCCGGGACCAGCGCAACAGCCCCGAAGGGAAAGAAGCCGCACGUGCUCUACGAGCGGUGGAGCGGGAUGGGCCAGGGAACACCACGCCCCCAGGAACUGCCCGCCAGCCCCACGGUUUACCCGGCUUAUGGCUCGGAGAUGUCUCUGUACAACAGCUGUCUCUCCCUCCUGCCGGGGGCCCUUUUAGCUACGUCCCCAAACAAGGUCCCUGAGGUGGACGAGGAGUAG